GGAUAAGUCAUACAUCAUACAUUUAGUAAAGCCCGAAUAAUACCCUAAACCCCUUCCCCAAGCAGCUGAAGCUCUGCAAAACCCCUCUCUCUCAACCACUUCUCUCAUUCACCACUUCGAUCUCCCUCUAAUCUCUCUCGCUUGAAAAUGAACUUCAGAAAUGUCAAAGUUCCCAAUGUUCCUGGUGGUGGCGCAGCUUCUGCUUUGCUCAAGGUUGGAGCUGUUGCAGCUCUGGGAUUGUAUGCAGUUGGUAACAGUCUUUAUAACGUUGAUGGUGGGCAUCGCGCCAUUGUGUUUAACCGUAUAGUUGGUGUCAAAGACAAGGUUUAUCCUGAAGGAACACAUUUGAUGCUCCCAUGGUUUGAGAGACCAAUUAUUUAUGAUGUCCGUGCCCGACCCCAUCUAGUUGAGAGCACUUCUGGUAGCCGAGAUCUCCAGAUGGUCAAAAUUGGUCUCCGAGUUCUUACUCGACCCAUGGCAAGUCAACUUCCUACAAUUUACCGAACUCUUGGGGAGAACUACAAUGAAAGAGUUCUGCCUUCAAUUAUUCACGAAACCUUGAAAGCUGUGGUUGCCCAGUAUAAUGCCAGCCAACUGAUAACUCAGAGAGAGGCGGUCAGUAGGGAAAUACGCAAGAUACUGACAGAGAGAGCUGCUAAUUUCAACCUUGCCUUGGAUGAUGUGUCCAUUACAACUCUGACUUUUGGUAGAGAAUUUACUGCUGCCAUUGAAGCUAAACAAGUGGCAGCACAGGAAGCUGAGAGAGCCAAGUUUGUUGUGGAAAAAGCUGAGCAAGACAAGAGAAGUGCUAUUAUCAGAGCACAGGGAGAAGCUAAGAGUGCUUCAUUGAUUGGACAAGCUAUUUCCAGCAAUCCAGCUUUUAUCACCCUCAGGAAGAUUGAAGCAGCUAGAGAAAUUGCAAAUGUGAUGGCCAGUGGAAAUAACAAGACCUACUUAAAUUCUGGUGAUCUGUUACUGAACCUUCAUGGGAUGGAUGUUACCCCGGGUAAAUGAUCUAGUAGCAUAAGGUCAAGACAAGUAGAAGCAUAAGAUUGAACUUUUAGCUGGUUUCUUUUGUUGUCUGCCAAAUCUACCUUGUCCUUAAAAAACCAUGAGAGUAUGAUGACCUAUAAUACUAUGCCCUGUAUUUCAAGUAUGGGUGAAUCUCUUCCAAGACUAAUAUUUUGUUUGGUGCUCGUGAUCGAUAUCCAUUAUUGAACCUUUAAUCAGUGGCACGUACACCUCGAAUUAUCCUUAAUCAUCAGUUUUUAUGAUUAUUUUUUGUAAUAAGUUCUGCUUGGAGAAGUCUUGUUUAGUCGAUGUCGCUUGGGCCAUUUUGUAGAUCACACUGGGGAUUUGAAAUAUAGUGGCAAGAGUUUGAACUACCACAGAUUUAUUUAAAUCUCCAUGUUUUUUCUCA